CGUUUUCCAGAAAUGUAACCGUAAUUUACUUGUGUAAGAUUAAAAUUAGUAUCACAUUUAUACAAUAAAUAUCAGCUCUUAUACAAUCGUGAAUAAACAUAAACAAUCUUUUUUUUCCAGUUGACUUUUUAUUUUUUAAACACUUUUGGGCGGCUAAACAACCGCGUUUUAGGACCCAAAUUUAUGUCGCACAUUUCAAAUUUCAAAACAAACUCGUCGCGCUUGUCAACAGUGAGAAUGGAUGCGGUGGAUUGAACGCAGGACUGCCUUAUUCAAACUAUUACAGUUCGAAUGCAUGUUGCCAGCGUUUUAAAGCUUUUGUGGUGAUAUGUGUUUGAUUUUCAACACAGUAAUCACCAUAAAAUUGUUUUUAUUCGUCUCAUGUGAAUGAGGCAUCUGCCUGCAAGACAAGUGGUCUAACGUUAAGUUAGUUGGAUUAAAAUUGAUAUUUGAAGCGACGGCAGAGAUGGAGGCUCAUGGAUCUUCAUCUGAAGGCUCAAGCAGCGCAGUGAAAGCUCCCUCCAUCGAGGACUUCGUGCUGGUCAAACCCAUCAGUCGAGGAGCCUUUGGGAAAGUUUACCUGGCCAGAAAGACAAUUAACUCCAAACUCUAUGCAAUCAAGGUGGUGAAGAAAGCAGACAUGGUGGACAAGAACAUGACUGAUCAGAUGAAAGCUGAGAGAGAUGCUCUGGCUCUCAGUAAAAGUCCUUUCAUUGUGCACCUGUUUUACUCGCUUCAAACCUCAACUAAAGUAUAUCUGGUGAUGGAGUAUCUGAUUGGAGGAGAUGUGAAAUCACUUCUUCAUAUUUAUGGGUACUUUGAUGAGGACAUGUCUCUGAAAUACAUCUCUGAGGUCUCGAUCGCUCUCGAUUACCUUCACAGACACCGCAUUAUUCACAGGGACUUAAAACCCGACAACAUGCUCAUCUCGAAUGAGGGUCACAUUAAGCUCACAGACUUUGGCCUCUCCAAGGUUAAACUUGACAGGGAACUAAACCUGAUGGACAUUUUAAACACACCUUCUUUAGUGAAACCUAAAAAAGAUUAUUUCAGAACACCUGGUCAAGUUCUUUCACUGAUAAGCUCUCUUGGUCUCAAUACCCCGGUGACAGAGAGCAAGCGUCACAGCAGCACAGUGUUUGGCAGUCCCAAGUCCUGUGGGAAACUCAAGCAGAGGAAUACUUCUCUGUGUUCUCCUCUGCUGAAGAGACGGACAGAGUACCUGAAAUACCCAGUAGGCACAAAUCAAGCUUUAGGAUCCAACAGUGUGUUCAGUCCUGGCCUGCUGGCUCGGAGUUUGACACCAAGGCUGAUGAAAUCCAGGAAGAGAUUCGAGAGUGUUGGAAGCACCCACUCGUGCCAGUUACCAUCCACUACUGAUUCUGAAGACUGUGUCAGCCCAAUGUGGGAAGAUGAGCAGAAUUUACUAGAUGGCGAGAACCUUCCUCAGGGAAACGGAAGAGAAAGGGUCAAUAGAAUGUCAAAAAACAUGUCCUUGACGCCUGUGGAGAGGAGGAACAUGUUUCCAGCACGAGCUCAGGAUCACAGCAAUGUUUUGACUCCGCUCAAUAACCAACUGGACAAUAGCAGAAAUAUUAAACCAGAUAUUUCUGCAAAAAGGCUCCAGUUCAGUGCAACCAAGCACAGUGCCACACCACUGAGUAAGGCUGUUCCCCAUCAGUCAUUUGGGAACAGUUUUAUGAAGCCAGAGCCGCCAAUAGAGCCCACAGUCUCAGUAAAGAGAGCGUUUGAAGAAGUAGAGAAGAGCCCAGAGCAGGCUGAGAUCCCCUGCAAGAAAAACAAUGCCGUGUACAAAAGGUCCUUCCAUAUUCCUGAGGGCAACUCAACGGCCAACACAGGCUUGACGGAAAUUUUCUCAAUUGUGGGGCUAGAUGAUGUUAAAACUGCACCGAUAAGUCAACAGUACAGUGCGAGAAUGGGCCCAAAGCAAUCUAGUCCCGUAGCUGUGGCCAAAAAUCUAUUCUCUGAUCUCGAAGAUCAAGGCGAGGGGAUGGCUUUGCUUAAAGCAGAGACCAACUUGAGCUCCCCAACCUCACCUGGCGAUGCCCGAAGUAUCAAAAGAAGCCUUAGUUUAGACUUGGAUGGCUCGGCCCAUGAGAUGUCACUGGUUGCUAACACGCCACAAAAAUCGACAGACUUCAAACAUGAGGCUUUGUCGUUCUCUUUCGAGGAGCUGGAUGAAAGCGAGAUUUCCGUAGUCACACCGGCAGCUCGGCCCACAAUAGCUCCUCCAAAGCAUAGCAGCUCAAAGCAACAUAGGGCUGAAUCCGAGGGUUCUCUUCUUGAUCAUCCUCAUAGGCUAUCUGACAGUAUGAUCAAAUCACCUGGCUUCCUCAAACCCAAGAACGUGGUUGCGUUCAGGAGCUACUGCAGCUCCAUAAACCGCUCUUGUACAUCACAUCUCAGCCUAGCCUCUUUGGAUGCCAUGGAGAUGUCUGCGUCAACCUCCUUCCACAAUGCCCAGUCUGCAGUGACUCCCGUUCAGAAGAAAAGGCCCAGUCUGAGCAGCUCACUUUACCAGACUCCACAGCAGAUGAUUGUGUCUCAAACUCCCUACAGAACACCAAAAAGUGUCCGUAGAGGUCCAGAACGUGUGGAAGGGGCUCCUAUUUUGGGAACUCCUGACUACUUGGCACCAGAACUUUUAUUAGGCAAACCUCAUGUUUCAGGGUCUGUACGUUAUGAUUUCAUGGUGGAUUGGUGGGCGUUAGGUGUCUGUCUGUUCGAGUUUCUCACAGGAGUCCCGCCCUUCAACGAUGAGACUCCACAGCUGGUGUUCCAGAACAUUCUCAACAGAGAUAUACCGUGGCCAGAUGGAGACGAGGAGUUAACCCAGAAUUCAAGAAGUGCCAUUGAGAUUCUUCUCACCAUGGAUGCAAACAAGCGAGCUGGCUUUAAAGAACUGAAGUAUCAUGCGUUCUUUGAGGGUGUGGACUGGGAAAACCUUCAUCAUAAGAGUAUGCCCUUCAUCCCUCAGCCCGAUGAUGAGACGGACACCUCGUACUUCGAGGCGAGAAACACAGCCCAACAUCUCACUGUAUCGGGCUUCAGUCUGUAAGCACACACACACACACAAACACACUCUGUAGCGCAAUGGGCUCACGCAGUAUGUUCAGGUACAGCUGUGUUGUUGAAGCUCUAAUGAAUACAGAUCCCACAGUGCUCUUGUUUGUCCUUCUCAGUUUGUCUGUUAUUCAUGUCAGAUGUUUUUAUGUUCUACAGAAUGAUUUAAUGUUGGAAAGCGUUCUGAAAUGCAGUGAACACAUAAAUGCUGCAAAGCUUGUGGUGUAAAAUCUUCAGUUAUCUUUUUUUGGGGGAAAAAAGUAAUAUAUAUUGCAACAGUACUAUUUACUGUCUGAUUAGUGCACAUUUAGAUGGAAGACUGCUGUUUUUAACUCGUUUUCUUGAAAACUACUUGUCUGAUUGUAAUUUUAACAUGCUAAAUGUUUUAACUAGUCUAUAGCAAGUAUGAUUUUGAACAUGGUUGCUGCUUCAAAAACAUCAGUUUUAUUCAUUUGUAAUUGUUUAAUAUACACAACACCUUAAAAUGUUUGAGGAUUAUAACUUGUCACUUUCCUAUUUUUAAGAUGAUUAAAUAAAAUACAACUGUUGUAUUAA